CGGCUGUUGAGCUGGGUGGUGCUGUAAACAAGUUUUACUGCAAGUUCUUGGUCUCCUGCAGCCCCGACCGGUUGGCCAUGGCCCAGUACCCCUAUUGAAAAGACUAAGCUAGUAAUGGUGAAAAGCAGAGAGAGGAAGGGAAGUUCAAAUUAGCCACGUCGGGUAGUACCUAGCACCCUGGCUUCCACUCGAGAAUCCCGCUGGAACUACCUCCUAAGAUUCCUGGGUCAGGCCAAGUCGUUCACACUGCCGAUCUUCUAGCACACCCAAGCUGAGUUCUACCUGUCACCUCUACUCAGAACUUCCACAUGCUUACCUGAAUCCUGAGGAAAUCCAGACAUGGCUGCUGAUGUGAACUUCUGUCUGAAGCCCCAGAGACUGGGAACAGAGGAGCAGGAUAGGCCAUGUGAGAGAUGGAUGUCCUUUGAGGAUGUGACUGUGAACUUCAGCCAGGAGGAGUGGCAGCACAUGGACCCUGCCCAGAGACGCCUGUACCAGGAGGUGAUGCUGGAGAUCUACAGCCACCUCUUGGCAGUGGGGUAUCCCAGGCCAGAGGUCAUCCUCAAGAUGAAGAAAGUGAAGGACGAACGGAUGGGGAAGAUUGAUUUCCCACAUCAGAGGUGUGGUCAAGGGGAGUCAGAGCAUGACUCACCACACCAAAUGUGUGUGAAAGCUGCAUUUCCAAAUGAUGUAUCAAGAGUAAUCACUAGAGGUGGUUCAUACUGUUCCAUUAUAGAGGGACCGUGGCAGGGUGGUGACCCUAAAAAGACAGAUCAGCCAAACCAGAUCCCACUGUUGAGUCCUGGUGCUUUCUCCAGCCAGAAAACACUAACCGCAGACAAUCGUGAUCGAGGUGAAGCAACUGGGGGAUCCAUUCCUUUAGGCCCCCACCCCAUUUCUACACAAAAGAGAUCGCUGAGAUGUUGCCCAUGCGAAAAGGUGUUGCAGCCUACCCUUCAAGCAGACAGUGAACAUCAAAACAGUGCCACAGAGCAGCCUGAGGGCAUUGUGGACUCUUGUCAGUUCUUCACACAAGGCCUUCCCAGUGCUGCGUGUACAAUUUACAACGCAGGAGAGGAAGCACACAGAGGUGACCAGUGUGCAAAUGUCCUCAGCCCUAAGCAACCAUUUCUGCAGCAUGGAAUUCUUUCUCGGGACAAGCCAGUUGAAUAUACCGCAUAUGAAAAGGUCUUCAGUGCCAGGUCAGCUUUGUGUCAGCAGCGGACAACUAACACUCUAGAGACACAUUUUAUUUGCCACGUCUGUGGGCAGUCCUUCCUUCAGAAACCUGAGUUGAGUUUUCAUCCAGGAACAACCAGGGGAGAGACACAUCACGAGUGUCCUGACUGUCUGAAAUCACUUACCAGUACAUCCAGCCUGCAGGCACACCAUGAAACUCACACAAAGGAGAAACCUUACAGAUGUCGUGACUGUGGGAAGUCAUUCAGUUAUGCAUCCCACCUAAAGAUCCAUCUUCGAAUACACACAGGUGAGAGGCCUUAUGUGUGUUCUGACUGUGGGAAGGCCUUUAGUCAAAAGUCAGCCCUCACCACACAUCAGAGAAUUCACACAGGGGAGAAGCCCUAUGAGUGCAGAGAUUGUGGGAGGUUAUUCAGUAAUAAAUGUCACCUGCCUGAGCACUAUCGAAUUCACACCAGUGAGAAACCUUACAAGUGCUGCGACUGUGGGAAGUCAUUCAGGAGAAAGUCCCACCUUAAAGUGCACAACCGAACACAUACCGGCGAGAAGCCUUAUGUAUGCCCUGAUUGCGGGAAGGCCUUCAGCCACAGUUCAGCUCUCAGCACACAUCAAAGAAUUCACACUGGGGAGAGGCCUUACGUAUGCAGCGACUGCGGGAAGGCCAUGUCUUCUAAAGCCCAACUGAAUGAGCAUCAAAGGAUCCAAGGUGAGAAACCCUAUGUGUGCAUUGACUGUGGGAAAGCUUUCAGUGGCAGAUCUAGCACUCACAGUAGGGAAAAACCAUUUGCCUGUCACAAAUGUGGGAAGGACUUCCUGCACAAGUCACAGUUGUCGUCUUACCAACAGACUCACACUGGUGAGAAUCCUUAGCGCUGUGUGUGUGUGUGUGUGUGUGUGUGUGUGUGUACAAUUGUUUGGUCAUACAUGUCAGCUGAAGGAACAUCAUCAAAUUGAAACAGAAGAAAAUGUCCUGGACUGGGAAAGUUUUCCAACAGCUGAAAGCUCUCAUCUUUCCUUCUGUGCCAAGAAACCUGAGAUGGGUUUUUGAAUGCAGAAAGCCCUUCAAACACAAGUCAGAUUUCAGUACCAGUGGACCUGACACUGUAGAUACCGAUCAUGUGAAAGGCUUUACCACAAAAUCAAUUCCUCACCCAUAUUUUUAAAUAAAGAAACCUAAUUAUAGCUA